CGACCCUCACCUUCCUCCCAUGAGAGGGUGACUUUGGUAGUGGAUGGCACUCAUUUUGUUGUGGAUCCUGCACUUUUCACCGCACACCCGGACAGCAUGUUAGGGAGGAUGUUUGGUCCAGCACGUCAACACAACUUCACUCGGCCAAACUCUAAAGGGGAAUAUGAGAUAGCAGAGGGUAUUGGAGCAAGCAUAUUUAAUGUCAUCCUGGACUUUUACAAAGGGGGAAUGCUGCAGUGCCCAGAGGGUGUUUCAGUAGCUGAGCUCAGGGAGGCCUGUGAUUACUUCUGCAUUAAUUUUGACUACAACACUGUCAGGUGUCAUGAUCUCAGUGCUCUUCUUCAUGAGCUGUCUAAUGAUGGGGCUCGGCGGCAGUUUGAGAUUUUCCUGGAGGAGCUGGUUGUUCCUGCCAUGGUUUCCAGUGCACAGGAGGGGGAGAGGGAGUGUCAUAUCGUGGUGCUAACAGAUGAUGACAUAGUGGACUGGGACCAGGACCACCCCCCUCCCAUGGGAGAGGAGUACUCUCAAAUUAUUUACAGCACAAAGCUGUAUCGCUUCUUCAAGUACAUUGAGAACAGGGAUGUUGCCAAAGCCCUGCUGAAGGAGAGAGGUCUAAAGAACAUACGCAUUGGCAUUGAAGGGUACCCUACUUGCAAGGAGAAAGUGAAGCGUCGUCCGGGUGGAAGGUCAGAGGUCAUAUAUAACUAUGUUCAGCGGCCCUUCAUUCAGCUCUCCUGGGAGAAGGAGGAGGGGAAGAGCCGACACGUGGAUUUCCAGUGUGUGCGGAGCAAGAGCGUGCCAAACCUCAUCGCUUCUCUGGGAGACGGGUUUUCUCGACCUGGGGCUACACCCACACCACAGGUGGACGAGUUGGAUCGUCUCAAUGGACCUGCUCCCCCACCCACAGGUAGUGACCCUCCUCAGUAA